AUGGAAGUUCCUCAUCAGUUUGAGUUGACAGAUAGGAAAUUUGAAAAAUAUCGUAAAGAUCAUUAUAGUAGUUUAUCAACAUCAAAUAAAGAGAUUACUUUAUGUAAUACCAGUGAAUUAGAGAUAUUAAAAGAUAAUAUUGGAUUAAAUAAUGUUACAAUGGAUUAUUUAAUUGCCCUUUUGACGGAGAAAAAAAAACUUGUAAUACUUCCAAAACUUUUUCCAAAUAUCAGUCGCCUUUUGGAUGAAGAAAUAGGCCGAGUACGUAGUGUUGCAAUUGUUCAAGAGAAAAUAUUUGUUCCAGUUAAAGAAUAUCCUGAAUAUAAUUUUGUUGGACGUAUACUUGGUCCUCGAGGAAUGACAGCUAAACAAUUGGAACAUGAAACAAAUUGUAAAAUUUUAGUUAGAGGAAAAGGUUCUAUAAAAGAUAAAAAGAAGGAAGAGGCUAAUUAUGGAAAACCAAAUUGGGAGCAUUUGGAAGAAGAAUUACAUGUUUUGAUACAGUGCGAAGAUACACCAAAUCGUGCAAAGAUUAAAAUUAAGAAUGCCAUAAAACAAAUAGAGAAACUUCUUAUUCCAGCUCCUGAGGGAUCAGAUGAAUUAAAGAGGAAACAGUUAAUGGAGCUUGCCAUUAUCAAUGGAACAUAUCGUCCUUCACUUAGUUAUAAGUUAUCUGUCUCCAAUUCAAAUAAUCUUUCACCUUUUAUUAUCAAUCCUCAGAUAUGUAGUAAUUCAAGUAAAACGAUGUCGUUUCCAAUAUAUCCUGAUUCUCCACUUUUUUCUACACCUCCCAUUACAUCACCAUUAAUUACCCCAUCGUUAACAGAUAAAUGUGGAACACCAACAUUACAAAAACAAUUUGAUUUUAAUUUAUCAACUUUUGAAGGCAGGCUUAAUCAGUUUGAUUCACUUAGAAUUAGCAACACAAAAUUGUUGGGAGGAAUCUCUUAUACUCCUAAUGUCUUUAAUUCUUCAACAAAUAAUGAAAUAUUAUCUUACUUCCAAGCUGGUAAGACUAAAAAACAAGCAUGUAACACACUUAUCUGA